CCGUAAUCCGGUGUGAACAUAAGCCUGAGCCCAUGAGAGAAUCAUUCCGCUUGCGAGAUCCCGGGUGCCAAUCUGGCUACUGCCGAGCUAUUCAUAAUCGGGAAACACCCCAUUAAUACCAAAGACAAGACAAGAUGGGUCCAUGUAUCCGUUUACCGAGGAGAUGAGGAUGACAUCAUCAUCACCUGGUGGCCGUGAAAUGGGGGGCACCCAGGGGCCAAACGCAUCGUUGUUGAGACAGGGCUAAUCGAAGCGAUCCGGACGUCGGAGGGUCCUUCACAGGGCCCCAAUCAGCAGAAGCGUCCGAUGUCCGCCAGCGCACUUGAGCCCACACCCAGAUGUCCUGAGAGGAGAGUAAACUGACACACAUGUCUCGCGUGAUCUUCCCGCUCGGGUCUCCGAUUUCCCCGGAGUCCAGGUCACCAGAGAUCGCAUUGAAGAGCAGGGGCUGUCAGUGUAAAUCCGGAGAAGAUGGAGAUGAAACAAACUAACACGCAGUGCACAUGCCUGCAGCGCAAGAAGCACCGCGACUUCGUUGGCCUUUCACGAGGGUGUUGGCGCACCGCGUUGUCCGCUGCGCGCAUGUGACCGACAUGCAUAUUUCGAAAUGCUUUCAUAAUUGCAGCGAAGUCGGUCACACUGCCCCCCAAAAGUUCCUCCAAUGAAGGGUGGAUGAUAAUGAUGCCGUGUGUGCGAAAAGAAGGGCACCAGAGUGGAAGAAGAAUGACCCCAUUGAGACCCAUUGUGGACCCCCCGCCACCCGCAGUGUUGAAGCAGUGGUCUGUGCGCAGCGGGUGCGGGUCUAAUCACGAACUCGGCGACCGCAUAGGUAAGGGCCGCAUUCAUUUCUGGAAGGUUGGGCGCGAUUGAAUUUCGAAGCAGGGCGGUGUUGAGGGGCGUGACGAAACCGAAAGCGAAUGCCGAGGCCACGGCGAACCACGGCUGGGUGGUAGGAACCAAGGAACCUUCCUCGAAUGGAGGCACGUGGCCUUAGCUCCGUAUGACAAGGAUCCUGCGUGAUGGCAUCAAAUCCCUCUUUCCCUCUUAAGAGGUUGACCAGAAAAUGAAUUCCCCAGUGAUUCAUUGCGACUCGCGUUCUCUUCUCAAAACACUCCGCCGAUAUGUCUGGAUCUGCCCCGCUCUCCCCAGCUGCACUCCGACGUCUCAAAUGGCCUGCACCCCAUGCCUACACGCCUCCCAAUUCCGUCCCAUUCUACGACCCUGAGCUCUACCCACAUGGUGUGAUCAACCUCUCAAUCGCCGAGAACUCGCUGCUGAGCGAGCGCUUGAUUGAGCAUAUCUCCCGUCCACUGGUAUCAUUCCGGGGCCAGCAUCUCAGAUACAGGGCCACACUGAUCAAGACCGACCUGCAAACUGUCGAAGAUCUGCUGCCGGCAUACAUCAAUGACCACUUCGAGCCAAGAAUCCCGGUCACGAGGGAGAACUCGGUAGCCGGGCCCGGCAUCGGGGCCCUAUUGGCUCAGCUCGUCUGGGCGCUCGCAGGUCAAGGCGAAGGUGUCCUGAUGAGUGUCCCCUUUUACGACGACUAUUUCCGUGACAUAUCCCACCCGGCGCAGGCUCAGCUGAUUCGCGCUGAGAUCCCGGCGCACGUCGAUUCGCUCUCUGAAGACGUGUUGCCCCUGCUGGAGGCCAAGAUCAAGUCCAGCGGGCGGCUCGGCAUCCCGAUCAAAGCGAUGCUUAUUCCGAAUCCACAUAACCCCCUCCCGCAGGUCGUGCCCAAAGAGGUGAUCACGGGAUACGCGCUGCUGGCUGAGAAGUACGACAUCCAUUUGAUCGUCGACGAGGUCUAUGGGAUGUCGACGUUCCACGACUCGGCCUACCCGCCUGCAGUUAACGUCGCCUUCGAGUCGGCGCUGACAUACGACUUCUAUGCGAUCGGUGUGAAUCCAGCCCGGGUACAUGUGCUGGCGGGUCCGACGAAGGACUUUGGCGCCAGUGGUUUGAAAAUGGGACUUCUGGUAUCUCCGCACAACAUCCCGCUGAUGGAUCUGAUCCGUCCCCUGUUCAACGCGACGCCGAUCUCGUCUGCCAGCGACGCCCUGUUCUCCCGGGUCUUGAAAGACCGGGUGUUCGUCGAGCGCUUCCUGGAAGACAACCGCAUCGCACUGCGUGAAGCGUACGAGCUCGUCGCUGGCUGGUUGAUCUGGCACGGAUUGCACUUCACACGAGCGAACGCCGGGGUCUACGUUGUUGUCAAUUUCGAACCGUUCCUGAACCGGAUAUCCGACCAGGACAUGUUUCCGAUGGAGAAACUAGACCGUGGCGUCGCUGCUCUCAUCAAACAAGGUGUCUUUAUGAAACCGACAAACCUGAUGGGAGACCCUGUCCCUACUCGUUUCCGGCUCGUCUUUUCGCAGCCUAGGAGCUGGAUGUUGUUGGCGCUUCGACGCAUCGAACAAGCAUUCUCUGCUCCAGAAGCUCCUCUUCCCGGAAACAAGUUCUCGGGUUUAAAUGGAACCUAUAUGAACGGAGCUGGUGCCGGCAAUGGACGGCAUGUGUACGAUAGCGAGCCCUCGAGUGCUUCUGAGUCGGAGUGAGAUGGACAUAUAACGCGGACCGCCUCGUUCGAACUGAUGCCAUGGACAUACGGCGAACGUAGUCGAGUAGGAUAAACGGAAUCCUUGUAGCAAUAAGCUCUCACACUUGCAUCGCCUCAAUAUAUAAAGACAAAGAAUAGAUCAUUCAUAUUCUGC